ACUUGCCCCUCCAAAAUAGUCUGACUAUCACCGCCACCUUUUGAAUCUUAUCCGAGUUUCAAUCUGAUCUUCUAUUCCGCAAAUAUCGCCCACGCCCCAAUCCUGUAUCUGUAUAUUGGCAUUGCCUAGCUCGUCGUUAUCCGCAUUUGAUUGUUAGCGGGCACAUGCGCCCUGGGCCGAGAUGGCGUUGUUAGAGCAGCAAUGGGUCACUGUGCAACAGAAGACCUUUACCAAAUGGCUGAACAAUAAGAUCAAGGCUCGAGACCUUGCAAUCAACGACCUGGUCAAGGACCUUUCUGAUGGAGUAAUUUUGAUCCACCUGCUUGAGAUUCUCGGAAACGAAUCACUCGGCCGAUAUGCCUCGAAACCGAAACUCCGCGUGCAGCGAUUCGAAAACGUGAACAAGGCAUUGGACUUUAUCAAGUCUCGAGGUAUCCAGAUGACCAACAUUGGUGCGGAAGACGUCGUGGAUGGGAACCGCAAGAUUAUACUCGGUCUGAUCUGGACGUUGAUUCUGCGCUUCACCAUUAGCGAUAUCAACGAGGAGGGUAUGACCGCCAAAGAGGGUCUGCUCUUGUGGUGUCAGCGCAAGACGGCAUGCUACGAAGAGGUUGAAGUCAGAGACUUUUCGUCCAGCUGGAAUGAUGGACUGGCAUUCUGCGCGCUUUUGGAUAUCCACCGGCCGGAUCUCAUCGACUACGACAGCCUCAACAAGAAAGACCACCGAGGGAACAUGAAGCUUGCUUUUGAGAUUGCGUCGCAAGAGAUUGGUAUUCCAGACUUGCUCGAUGUCGAGGACGUGUGCGACGUUGCGAAACCUGAUGAGCGAUCCCUCAUGACCUACAUUGCAUACUGGUUCCACGCCUUUUCGCAAAUGGAGCGAGUUGAGAAUGCCGGCCGACGUGUCGAGAAGUUUGUCAUGAACAUGCAGGGCGCGUGGGAAAUGCAGAAUUCGUUUGAGCGACGGAUGCGCGAGCUGCUACGACAAAUCGAGGAGCAACGGAAGCAGUGGGAGGAAGCGACAUUCAAAGGGACAUAUGCCGACGCCAAAGCCCAAGCUAUCGAGUUUACAAAAUACAAGCGGAAUCAGAAGCGCAGCUGGGUGGCGGAGAAGACGGAGCUUGUCGGCCUGCUUGGAAACAUUCGGACAAAGAUGAGCACGUAUCGGUUGAGGGAUUACAUUCCGCCGCCGGAGUUACGAUUAGAAGUGCUAGAUCAGGCAUGGACGGGGCUGACACACGACGAGCGAGCACGGAGUAAGGUCAUUAAUGAGACGAUCAGAGACAUUAAGAAUGCCCUCCGCCGCUCAUUUGCCGACAGGGCAAACGAUUUUGCACUUACUCUUAAUACACUUUCCCUCGCCAUUUCCGGUUUGGAGGGCGAUGUCGAAGACCAGCUCCGACAUUGUCAGCGCCUCUCCGCCAAUCUCCCACCGUUGGAUGCAUUCCUCAAAACCAUUGAAGCGCUGGAUCGCCAAUGUCAAGAGGCAAACAUUGAAGAAAACGAUUUCACCACAUAUACUUACGACGAACUCGAGUACGAGCUGGGACUAGUCAAGUCGAGCGUUGCCAAGAAGCUUUCCUUUCUCGAAAAUCAAAUGGUAGCAAGAAACAUGACGAACCUUACGCCAAUCCAGCUCGAAGAGUUUGAGUCGGUGUUUCGCCAUUUUGAUCGCGAUCUGAGCAAUUCGCUGCAAGAACUCGAGUUUUCUGCCGCCCUGGCCAGUCUCGGAUUAGUAUAUGACGAAGACGAAAUGCAUCAAAAGUUUAAAGAGACGAGCGAAGGGAAAGACUAUGUCACGUUUGAGCAGUUUAUCCAUUUCAUGGUCUCUGUUACAGAGGACCAGAAUACAGCCGAGCAAGUCUUUCAGUCAUUCCAGGAGGUCGCAGACGGAAAGCCAUACGUCACCGAAGUCGAUCUCCGCCAUUCACUCAUCCCCGACGAACUCAUCGAAGACCUCGUCCGGUCUAUGCCCGAACACCACGGCCCAGAUCUCCAAGUCGACAGGGAACUGCCAAAAUACGACUAUGUCAGGUUUAUGCAGCGAUAUACAAAGCAAGAAGCGGAGCGAAAUGGGCGCUGGGGCGGCGGUAGUAACGAUGAUGGCGGUGGAAAUGAGCCGUGAUUUAUCGAGUCUGUUGUAUAGGCUAUAGUGUCAGAUGAUUAUAUUUCUGUGGUAGAGGAUUACAAAUUUGAUCACAG